UACAGGGCUUCCAGUGGAAGGCGAGUCACUGGUGACACUUUAACCAGUCUGCCGAACUGAUCCCCAGCCCAGCUGGGCCUCAUGCCUCUGACAACCCAACCGUGUGGAGCAGACCCACAGAGGGGAAGCCCCAGAGAGCUGUGCAGUGGCAUGGAAGGACCAGCGGGGUAUCUGCGGCGGGCCAGUGUGGCUCAACUGACCCAGGAGCUGGGCACUGCCUUCUUCCAGCAGCAGCAGCUGCCAGCUGCUAUGGCAGACACCUUCCUGGAACACCUCUGCCUGCUGGACAUUGACUCCGAACCCAUGGCCACACGAAGUACCAGCAUCAUUGCCACCAUCGAGCUGCCUCCCCAAGGGGACGGAUGUCGGCUGGAGAGGGAAACGGAGUUUGUGACCUGUGAUCAGGGGUUGCAUCAGGCAGGGCCGGCAUCUCGCUCCGUGGAGCGCCUCAAGGAGAUGAUCAAGGCCGGGAUGAACAUUGCGCGCCUCAACUUCUCCCACGGCUCCCACGAGUACCACGCCGAGUCCAUCGCCAACAUCCGGGAGGCCGUGGAGAGCUUUGCAGCUUCCCCGCUCACCUACCGGCCCGUGGCCAUCGCCCUGGAUACCAAGGGACCAGAGAUUCGCACUGGGAUCCCGCAGGGGGAUCCGGAGUCGGAGGUGGAGCUGGUGAAGGGCUCCCAGGUGCUGGUGACGGUGGACCCCGCGUUCCGGACCCGGGGGAACGCGAACACGGUGUGGGUGGACUACCCCAAUAUUGUCCGGGUCGUGCCCGUGGGGGGCCGCAUCUAUCUUGACGACGGGCUCAUCUCCCUAGUGGUCCAGAAAAUCGGCCCAGAGGGGCUGGUGACCCAAGUGGAGAACGGCGGCGUCCUGGGCAGCCGGAAGGGCGUGAACUUGCCCGGGGCCCAGGUGGACUUGCCCGGGCUGUCGGAGCAGGACUUCCGAGACCUGCGCUUCGGGGUGGAGCAUGGCGUGGACAUUGUCUUUGCCUCCUUUGUGCGGAAAGCCAGCGACGUGGCUGCCGUCAGAGCUGCUCUGGGGCCGGAAGGACAGGGCAUCAAGAUCGUCAGCAAAAUUGAGAACCACGAAGGCGUGAAGCGGUUUGAUGAAAUCCUGGAGGUGAGCGACGGCAUCAUGGUGGCACGGGGGGACCUGGGCAUCGAGAUCCCAGCAGAGAAGGUUUUCCUCGCUCAGAAGAUGAUGAUUGGGCGCUGCAACCUGGCGGGCAAGCCUGUUGUCUGUGCCACGCAGAUGCUGGAGAGCAUGAUCGACAAGCCCCGACCAACGAGGGCAGAAACAAGCGAUGUGGCCAACGCUGUACUGGAUGGGGCUGACUGUAUUAUGCUGUCAGGGGAGACCGCCAAGGGCAACUUCCCUGUGGAAGCCGUGAAAAUGCAGCAUGCGAUUGCCCGGGAGGCAGAGGCUGCAGUGUACCACCGGCAGCUGUUUGAGGAGCUACGUCGGGCAGCGCCACUGAGCCGUGAUCCCACUGAGGUCACAGCCAUUGGCGCCGUGGAGGCUGCCUUCAAGUGCUGCGCUGCUGCCAUCAUCGUGUUGACCACAACUGGCCGCUCAGCCCAGCUUCUGUCUCAAUACCGACCUCGGGCAGCAGUCAUUGCUGUCACCCGCUCUGCCCAGGCUGCCCGCCAGGUCCACUUAUGCCGAGGAGUCUUCCCCUUGCUUUACCGUGAACCCCCAGAAGCCAUCUGGGCAGAUGACGUAGAUCGCCGGGUGCAAUUUGGCAUUGAAAGUGGAAAACUCCGUGGCUUCCUCCGUGUUGGGGACCUGGUGAUUGUGGUGACAGGCUGGCGACCUGGCUCCGGCUACACCAACAUCAUGCGGGUGCUGAGCAUAUCCUGAGAUGCCCCUCCCUCCUCUGCCCCAGCCUACCGCUGUACCCCAUCCCUUCCUCCCCAGUCUACGUCCUCCAGCCCACACCCCUCCAAAGUCCCACCUCUAAGUCCUCUCUUCUCUAUUCCUGGCUCUCCCUACCUUGGGCCUAUCUGAGACCAUAUCUGCCAUCUAUUCCCAUUCCAAGCUGCCCCUUCCCCGUCUCCAUUUCACACAGGUCCUGAAAGUCUGUGUCCAAUUAUGCACUGGCCACCCGAUAGCACCAACUGUACAUUCCCUGCAUCCGAUCCACUCAGCAGGCCGCAAGAUACCUUGAGCCUUUAAUCCCA